AUGAAUUCACCCAGCACUCCAAAUAAAAUAAUCAAUAAUUAAUUUGUACUAAAGAAGAAAUUAUCAGCUGGGUCAUAUGGAGUAGUUUUUGAAGCUGAAGAUUUAAUUAAGAAACAAAUGGUUGCUGUUAAAAUUGAGAAAAAAGAGAAAAAUUCAACACUCGAUCGUGAAAUACAUAUUCUUACAAGAUUAUUGGGUACUUAAGGAGUUCCAAAAUUAAUUUGGAGUGGAAUAGAUAACAAUUCUAAUGUACUUGUUCAAUAACUGUUAACAAAGGAUAUUGGAGCAUAUUUAAAAGAAUAUCGAACAUUUUCAUUAAAAACUGUUUUAAUAAUAACCGAUUAUCUAUUAUAAAUAAUAAAGAGAAUUCAUAAUAAAUCAGUUGUUCAUAGAGAUUUAAAACCAGAAAAUAUUAUGUAUCAUUAAAAAUAAAUUUACAUUGUUGAUUUUGGUAUAAGCAAAUUAUAUAGAGAUAAUAAUUUAAAGCAUGUGUAAAAAUAAUAUUUAAAUAUAGUCCAUUUAAAGAAGGUCGAUCUUUUGUAGGAACCACAAGAUAUGCUUCAAUAGCAGCACAUAAAGGUUAGGAACUUGGAAGAAAAGAUGAUCUUGAAUCAAUAAUUUAUAUUGACAUUCUAUUAUUAAAAGGGUAUUAUAAUUUAUUAACUUAGAAUAAAGAACUUUGCCAUGGUAGAGCAUGCUAGGUUAAAAUAAUAAAGAAAGAUAGAAAUAAGUUGGUGAAAAGAAAAUGAAAAUGACUCCAUCAGAGAUUUGUGUUGAUCUACCAAUAGAAUUUUCAAAGGCUUUAGAGUUAAUAUAAAUAGUAAUAGUAUAGAUACAUAAAAUCACUUCAUUAUUAAAGUGACCCAGAUUACGAUUAUUUAAUUUAACUAUUUAGAAAGUUAGGUUAAUCUCGAAGAAUUGAAUAUGAUGAUGUCUAUGAUUGGACUUAAUCAUAGAAUUAAAUACCAGCAAAUAUUUCAAAAUAAGAAACUACUAUUAAGUAAAUAUCUUCUCUACAACAAUUCGAAAGAUCUCCAAGAGUUAUGUAAAAUAAGUGGUAAUAUUAUAACCAUAAAAUUAUAGUUAAUCACUCAAAGUACCUUCAACUUAUGAUAUUUUAUAAGACAGAAAAAAAUCUCUAUAAAACACCUCAUAAUUAGUGUUAUUAUAAGAUGAAUUAAAUAAAUCCAUCCAAAACACUUAUGAGCUUAGCUAAAUUGCAAAUGAUUAUGAUUCUAAACAAGACUAUGUUUCCUAAGAUGAUUCUAAUGAUACCCUAUUUUAAAGAUACAAUUAAUUAAAAUCAUAAAUCCUCUAAAUGUAUCUAUUAUUCUAUACUUAGACAUCACUUGUAAAAUAUCAAGAAUCAAAAUAAUAAUAUAAUGGUCAAUUGA